AAAAAAGUCUCAUGCAUGUGGUGGAGUUAUUUGCUAGGGAAAGAAAGACCUCAGCAAGUAUCUGUGAGACAACACAUGACAAUGGAUCAAACAAAACCGAUUAAUCAGAGGCAGGGACAAAGACAUGAAAUCUUUGAACUAUGGACCCUUUGGUUGUUUGAAUUGCUGCCUAAGCCACGGCACUCCGCCUCCCUGAACCUUAAGACAGACCACAAACAGCUUUCCUGCCAACACUCAUGACUGAAACCAGACAAGAGGGAGGGUGACAAAGAACAUACCACAAAAUAGUUCUUUAAGUGUUUUCUGAAGCCAUGAGCUCGGCUCAGCAAUUGCUCCGGUCUCAGAGAGAUCUGCUGCUGAACUGGACCUGUGACCACCCAGCACCUUUGCUGCGUUGGCUUCGUGAUGCUGAGGUGCUUUCCUCUGCCCACUACCUUUCUCUGCUGGAGAGAUCACCUUCCAAUGCCGUGGCCCAGGCUCUAGAGACGGUGUGUUCCACUGAGGAGAGCAGCCGAAAGUUCCUGCAAGUGCUGAGGGAGGUGCAGGAUUAUUACUGCAGGGAUCUGCAGGACUGGGUGGAGAGACACUGCAGGAACAAUGCCACCAGUAAGCCAGCUCCUGCACCUGUGAAAGUUGAAGAGAAAAAGCCUAAAAGCCCCAUUGCUAAGCUCUUCAGAGGAAAGAGCAGCAAAGGAUUUACCCUGAAUGCUGAGGUUAAAGCGAAAGAAGAACUGAGACCGAACAGAAGUGUAAAGCUGGCCAACAUUCGAGUUCCCAUUUCUGCCCAUAAAACAACCCUACUGAAACGCACAGAGCAGUUAAAGUGUUAUUCAGAGGGCGAUGGAGUGGCUUCAAACUCAGCUUCUCACAUCGAAAUCCGCUACACUGACCUUUUUGUGACAGAAGAUGAUGACUUUGUUGACAGCAGCCAACAUGAGUACUUUGACCUGGCGAGCAGACGAGCUCGUAUCUAUGUCCAUCAGGCUUGUCAGCGCAUUAGGCCCUCCCAUCUACUGAGCCCCCAAAGUGCAUCGGGACGACCCCCCAAAAGGGUUAAAGUGAAGGGUAUAGCUGGUAUCGGAAAGAGUGUAGCAGUACAGAGGCUAGUCUAUGAGUGGGCGAUUGGGAAGAAUAUGCGUGAAUUCACUUGUGUUUUUGACCUGCGCUUCAGAGAGCUCAAUCUGAUUGAAGCACCACUGAGCUUAUUGGAGCUGCUUGGAGAAAGGUUCAGAUACCUGAAGGCAGUCCUACCUGAUCUUUUCACCUCACCAAGUUCUCUGCUCUUCAUUCUGGAUGGAUUAGAUGAGUUCAAAUUCGCCUUGGACUGGAACAGUCCUGACAAAAACAUUGAUGUUGGUUCGAAGGUGCCAGUGUCAGAGCUGAUGGUGUCUUUAAUCAAGGGAAGCCUUCUCCCAGAGGCAUCAGUCAUUCUCACGACAAGACCAUCUACUGAAGUUCCCAAGCGUUUCUUCCAAAGAUGUUGUGUGGUGCUGGGCUUUGAGGAGGACCAAGUGAAGGAAUAUACCACGAAGUUCUACAAAGACACUCAGGUUGCUGAAAAAGUCUAUGACUACAUCUUGAACAAUGACAACCUUUUUGUGCUGUCCUUCAUUCCUCUUUAUUGCUACAUCAUCUGUACCGCUAUGGCUGAGUUCUUCUCUUCAGAAAAUCAAGAUGCUGAUGACUCAAAGUCUCUGGAGUUAAACCCGCCCAGAACAGUCAGCGAGGUUUACUUCUGCUACCUGUUUACAGCAAUCAAGCACCACGCGCUGAGGGGGAGUGCAGAGAGAAGCACCCCUAGAUCUGAGGUUCUCUCACGAGCAAAGUACCAACUGACAAACCUGGGAAAACUGGCUUAUGAAAGCCUUCUACAGAAAAAGAUCAUGUUCAACAGAGCAGAUCUGGAGAAGUAUGGUGUUACUCCUGCUGAUCUUCAGAGCACCUUUCUUUGUCACAUCCUGCAGCCUCUCAAAGAGGAAACGGUGGAGAUGUUUUCCUUCUUCCACCUUACUGUUCAAGAACAUCUGGCUGCCCUCUACUGUGCAAUCAAUCUCUUCAGCCAGGAAGACAUAAUUGAAGCUCUGGACUUCUGGUGCUUUGGGCAAUGUCCACCAUCCUCCACAGCUGCACCCCUGCAAAACACAGACCUCAACAUGGACAAGCUUGAGAGCCUCCAGAUGUUCACACGCUUCUUCAUGGGAAUGCUCCGAGCUCGGCUGGGAGGUAAGUUGGAUGGCCUUGUUCUUUCCCCCAUGGAGCAAGGGGAUGCCAUCCCUGGCAGGCUGGGUUUGUGGUUCCAAGACCAGUUUAAGAGCAGAAAGCUCGAGAACCAGACAGCCCUGAAUCUUCUCCACUGCCUGAUGGAGUUCCACACGAAGGAAGCUACCAGCAUGGCAGCACCAGAGAUCAAGAAACUCAACCUGUUUAAAAUGAAGCUGAGUGUUGUGGACUGUGUAGCCAUGCACUAUGUGCUGCAGUUCUCGCCACACAAGCUGCAGGAGCUCAACCUAGGGUACUCCAACAUUGGAAACAGAGGACUAAACAGACUAGGACCAAUCCUACAUCGCUGUGAAUCUCUCUAUUUGAGAUACAACUGCCUGGAUAGGCAAGCAGCUAUUCUAGAAUCUGCAGUUCUGAAAUCAAAUGACUGUCGAGUGAAAAAGCUGUUUAUGUGUGGUAAUAACCUGGGCCCAGAGGGUGUUUUGGAGCUCUGGACGGCUCUGGAGCACAACACCACUGUGGAGGAACUCUACCUGGACAUCACCGGCAUCACAGAGCGAGGAACCACAAACAUUGUCAAGUGCCUCAGUAAAAAUACCUCUCUGAAGACACUGACAAUUGUUGGGAAUGACAUCGGGGAGAUCGGGAGGAAAAGGCUGAGGGAGCUGGAGCAAUGUCGACCAGGUCUUCGAAUUAUUGCAAACUUUGUGGAUGACCUUGGAUUACUUCAGGCCUACUUGGACUGGGUGGAUGAGAUCCAGGCUGACAGAGACCAGUUUGACUCAGUGAAAAAUGCAGAUGCCCUGCAGUCGGUGCUGAAGGGGCUCCAGGUGGCAGGAGAACGUGUGGAAAGAGGAGAGAACGCAGAGAAAGCCAAGGAGCUCCAGACAAAGAUUGUGGACUUGCUCAAGACUUCUACAGAUCUGAUCAGGGGACAAUCACUAAAAGUUAUGUAGCAAACUGUGGCUAAGAAUAGAGAUCCAUCCGAUGGGUCCAAAGGAUCUACCAUGAGUCAACUGAAAUUCUGACUUCAGCCUGUAAAAGUGAAAUUCACGUCAAUUGCAUUGUCCUCUUUAACAGCACUUAGACAACAAAAGU